AUGUACUGGAGUUUCGAAAGGUCCGCGACUGGGGUGGAGGGGGUGGGGGCAUCGAUGGAAACCAUCCCCGUGCCCUCCUACCUCUCGUCACCCAGACUCAACAUCAACUUCACUCCUACCUCUCGUCACCCAGACUCAACAAUCAACUUCACUCUUCAACAAUUUGCAAAGAUGGAACCUCCUCCCCGAUAUAGUGUUACGCUUGGAAAUACUCCACUUUCACGCUUUAACUUGGUCGUGAUAGAAGGCAACGUGGUCCUUAGGCGGGACCACAAUCCGUUCUGGAACUUUGAAUCACAUGGAGCGCAGGGGUACCGCAUUAGGCCACCAAGAACGGACAUGGUGGUGUUGAGCCUUGCCCCAGUCACAGAUGACAUACCCCCAGUUGAAUGGGCCAAUGCCAUGCUUCACCCUUUCAUCCGCGGCGAAAGCCAGCAGUGGAGGAUAGUUGGAAUGCCAGGAAUCCCAAACAAAUUCCUGCUCCAAAACGUGAGAUACGGUACAUUCUACCUGGCUGCUGAGGAUAACCCGGAUCGCAACCAGGAGGUUGCUGGGAGAGCCGAGAUCAAUGUCGGAGUAUGGCCCAUCCCGGAUAUCAAUAACCCACCCCCAAAGUUCCAAUGGAACAUUUCGCCCCUGACGGAGGCUGAGAGGCUUGAGGAGAUGGCGGCGGAUCAGGCGGCCGCGGUUGGGGCGGCGGCUGACGUGGCUGAGCAGAAUGCAUAG